UGGUUGUUAUAUGGAACGUCUAGAAGAAAUAUUGGUACACGACAAUGGAACAUUGAAGGGCAAUCAAAAGUAGUACCGCGAUAAGACUUGUUGAAUAUAAAAACACAGCCGAGUUUUAUUUAGAUACUCCUCCUAGAUCGUUUGUAAUAUCACGAACGUUACCAACACAGUGAGUGUGAAAGUGGGUUUUAUCAAGAGAAAGUGAUUUUUCUUCGAUUUUUUGAUAGAUUGUCAUGGAUACGCAACAGUUUAGGGAGUUUGGAAAGGCCGCCGUGGACUAUAUCGCGGACUAUUUCGAAACUAUAAGAGAUAGAAAUGUUUUACCAUCUGUGGAACCGGGAUAUCUGAAAAACGAAAUUCCAGAAAUAGCUCCUGUUUCUGGAGAACCAUGGCAAAAAAUUUUACCAGAUGUGGACAGAGUUGUACUUCCAGGAUUAACGCAUUGGCAUUCACCGCAUUUUCAUGCUUACUUUCCCACAGCGAACUCUUUUCCGGGCGUAGUCGGUGAAUUAUUUCUAUCGGGAUUGGGCUCUGUUUCAACGGAUUGGCAAUCGAAUCCAGCUUGUGUCGAAUUGGAAGUUAGAAUGAUGGAUUGGUUAGCAAAAAUGCUCGGUCUACCAGAACAUUUUCUCAAUGAAUCUGAAGGUCCAGGCGGGGGCGUUAUCCAAAAUGCAGCUAGUGAGUCCACGUUAGUGGGUUUAUUAUCGGGCAAACAACGUACGGUCAGAAACGUACUGGAAAUGAACCAAAACCUUACUUCGGAAGAAGUGAAAGAAAAACUAGUAGCAUACACCUCGAAAGAAUCUAAUUCUUCAGUAGAAAAAGCUAGUUUACUCGCAUCAGUUCCAAUGAGACUCCUACCAACGGAUUCAGACUGUCGCCUUCGCGGCGAUGUACUACAAGAAGCUAUAAAAAAAGAUAAAGCAGAAGGUUUGAUACCUUGUUGCGUUGUAGCUAGCUUGGGUACAACGGGAACUUGCGCUUUCGAUGAUUUGGAAGAAAUUGGUAGGAUAUGCCGCAAAGAAAAGAUGUGGCUUCACGUCGACGCCGCUUAUGCCGGAGCUGCCUUAGUUUGUCCAGAAUAUCGCUAUCUUCUAAAUGGUAUUGAAUAUGUGGAUUCAUUCAAUUUCAAUCCGCACAAAUGGUUCCUUACAAAUUCCGAUUGUUCGGCGAUGUGGUUCAAAAACACGAAAGACGCUGAAGCCGCCUUUAAAUUGAAAGCGACGAUUCCAUCGCAACCGCUCUUCGAACCCGAAAUCCAACAUUGGCAAAUUCCUACGACGAGAAGAUUUCGAGCAUUGAAACUUUGGUUCGUCAUGAGAAUAUACGGGGUCGAAGGUAUACAAAAACAUAUACGUCACCAAGUAUCUCUAGCUAAAUAUUUAGAAAAAUUGGUUAGGAAAGAUGAUAGAUUCGAAUUAUUGAUAUCCAGUUUGGGAGUUGUUGGAUUUAGACUCGAAGGUGACGAUACUCUAACGCAAAAACUUCUGGAUAAAAUCGCCGAGAGAAAAAAUCUUUUUAUAAUGCCUUAUUACUACCAAAAUAAGUUGAUGGUAAGGUUCGUAGUGUGCAGCAGGUUGACCGAAGUAAUUGACAUUGAUUACGCUUGGAAUGAAAUAAAAUCUAUAGUUGACGAUUUGGAAAAAAAUUCGAAACAAGAAGAUGAGAAAACGGCCAUCGAUAGCUCUAUUCUAUCUAGAGGAGCUUUGAAUAGUUUAACACCUGAUCUAAAUGAUAAACUCAAUCUAGGGUUAUUUCUAUAAGUGUCUCUAUUUUGUAUAUCAUAAUUUUUUUUUCAUCAACCAACACCAAAGCUUGUAGCAAAUAACAUGUUUACGUUAUACAGUGUACAUCGAAAUAUACAAUAUUGAAAAA